AUGCAUGCGCUGGCGACAUUGUACCUGCUCGACGGACAACCCGAUAAAGCAAUCCCCUUGUUAGAACAUGUGGUCGAGGCAAGGAGGCACACACUCGCCGACGAACAUCCAGAUCGACUGGCUUCGAUGUGGAAGCUAGGAAGAGCGUACCGAGAGCGCGGACAACUCAACGAGGCAGUGGCGUUAUUAGAAGAGGUCGUCAGCACUGAGAAGCGCAUGCGCGUGCCGGAAGAUCCAUUUCGGCUGAAUUCGAUGGUUGAGCUGGCGGAAGCAUACGUGGCUAACGGACAAUUCAACGAGGCCUUGGUAUUGUUGGACCAGGUGGUCGAGGUCAUGCGCCGAACACUCGCCGAGGAGAAUCCACGACGACUCAGUUCCGAGCAUUCGCUGGCUUGCCUCCUUUGGGAUCUCGAGAGGCAAAGCGACGCGCUGCAGCUGUUGACGCAUGUUGUUCGGGUCCGAAAAAAUGUGGGGGAUCGAGAUGGCCAGGAUCUGAAGAGAGCAGAAGAGGACCUCGAGUAUCUUCGAAGCGAGAUGACCUCGUCCUUGUAA